AAAGGCAGUGGGACCACUGUCAGUCUAUUGCUGGUACAGAUACUGUGCAGUAUCCUUCAUCAUCAUCAUCAGAGCAAAGCUUUUGCCUAUGCACUACAGCCACCGUGUGGUUGUCAACGGAACUGUUACAAGCGUGCACGGUGGAUAUUUUCAAGGCAUGCAAGUUGAUGAAACGAUUUGAGAAGCAGAAGCUCCAGUGAGCCUCGUAUGUUUUGGUUUUUUUCCUUGUGCUCACCUCGCUGUUUUUUUACGGAAGAUGCCCGCUGAUGUCACAACAUCGCAGCUCGCUGCGGGCGCAUGGAAAGUUCACCUCCAAGUCUGAGAGUGAAAACUCACGCUCACGUGUGCUCAGUCUAAUAGAGUGACCCCCCAGCACGCAAUUUAAAAGGGAAGACAAGAGAGCUGAGUCAACGAAUCACAGAGAGAAGGAUGCAACAGUUGAUGUGGACAAGUUGCACAGUUUUCUUGUCUUUGCAGAUUCACGGAGGAUGGUGGCUUUGAUUUGUGCGGAGGAAGGCUCGGAUGAUUUGUUGCUUUAACACCCUUCAUAUGGCACAUAAAGUGAAAAUUACACAGCAGAUCUGCCCGUCUGAAAGCAGUACAUGCUGGUUUUAGGCCGUCCUCUUACGCAUCUUUAUUGCUGAAAUGGACAUUUGGACAGAAACGCAUUUGUAGGGACUUCAUGCUCUGCUGGAAUGGAGUUGAAGUGCGGAUUUCGGAUGGUCUGCCGUGGUGAGUGAUAGUGCAGUCUGCACCAACAUGCAUCGGAUUCUGCAGAGGAGACGAGUGCGCAAGCUGCGGGUCGUCUGGGCUUCUCUGGCCCUGGUGGCUCUGUCCCUGGCCGCAUGCAGCGCGCUGUUUACGGCGUGGACUUGGCGACAGACACGGGACCUGUCUCAGUCCUUUAAGAUCCUGCAGGACCGACUGGAGCAGGUCAAUACACAGAGGAAGGCCAUUGUUCAGCUCAUUCUAGAGAAGAGAGAGCUGCUGGUGGGACAGAGAGUCAAGAGAGACGGGGGGAUGUCUCAAGCGAGGAAUGGAAAUGGAAGGAAAGCGGCAUCUCAUUUUGAGAUAACCAAAGUCUCCUCUCAGCAAGUGGGAGAAGGUGGUGUGAUAAAGGGCUGGGAAGAGAGAACGUUGAAUAUGAGUAAAGCCGUGAAGUACAACAAAGAGCAAGGCACCUUCACUGUGGAGAAAACAGGCGUCUACUUCCUGUUCUGUCAGGUGCUGUUCAAUGACCAGCAGACUCAAUACGUGAAGCUGGAUGUGGUGACCAAGGGCCAGAGGCCUCAGAAGCUCCAGUGCAUAGAGGGCUACGCAACGACCCCCUCCGCCGGGCCACACCUGUUCCACUUUGUGAAGUCAUGCCAGGUGUCUGGCCUGCUGCGACUGGACAAAGGCACAGAGCUGCAGGCCGUCACAGGUCCGUCCUUCAAACUCCACACUCUUGGGAGCCCCUCCGCCUCGCCUCAUGUCUUCAGCAUCUUUAAAAUCAACUGAAGCUCAGUGCUCGUCAGAUUUGGGCUGGAAACUUUUAAAGAGCGAACUCAUCUGAGUACAACAGAGUUUGUUUUGGUAUGGAUGAGAGUUUCUCUACAUGGUAAAACAGUCAUAAGCAGCUGAGGGCAUCGCAUCAACCUCGUCCCAAAAACUUUAAAUUGAAAGACAAACCUGACAUGUGCGGACGUUGGUGUGGAACUUUUCUCUGGACGGUGGUGCUGUUAUGGAUCCGAACCACAGACUUUGGAUUAAAGACGAUCCAAAGUGGACGAAAGGCUUUAAUGAAUGUCUACGAGGAAAACAGAUGUGACGGAAGCUGUUCUGUAGAUAAAGGGCUUCAUAUAAAAAUACUUGGAUGUGUAUAAUGUAAUAAAUUGUGCUUCCACGCUCUUUAUGAGGCUGACAGUAAA